UGUCACCGCAGUGGUCUUCGGUGUGAGAUGCCGCAGUUGUCAGGGCAAUGGCGUUUUAUCAUCUCACUGAUACGGGGCUUGUAAAUGCGGAAACAGUUGCUUCGUUUUUAAUAAAACUGAAGAGAUAAUAACGAUAUGAUGUUGGCGUCAUGCAGAAUGUUGAGCAAAAACCAAAUGGAUGGGUUGUGGACAUCGGAAGACAACUAAAGACAACGUAAAUAAGAAGCGGUCAGUUCUAUCACUUCACUGCAAAGACGAUAUAACGCAUACGGUUUGUAUUUUAUUUAGCCUACGUCCCUAUAUUUGUUAUGAACAUUCAUCACAUUGAGUUGUGCAACGGGAUACUGCGUUUUCGAACAAUCCGAACUACAGGAAUGAGGUCAUCUGUCUUGGAUAGCUGUAUGAUAAUCGUGUGUUGUCAUGCGUAAACUUUUUGUGAGCUGGCUAAUAACAGAACAACAACAUUGGUUGACGGCAGUGUUAUCGUAUGGAAUGUUGUAGUCACGCGACCUCUCAAGUAGCCUACCGUGCCAGUCAUUUCAAAUGAAAUACGACUUCAGGCUAACAUAGCCUCGAGUAACUGUAUUUUGUGAAUAUCCUUCUCCACUCGAGACCAAAUGAUGGAAGCACAUGAAAGUGUCGAAGAGGAGCCUGCGGGGUCACCGCCAAUUCUGCGACCCGUGUCCCGAGAGCGUGUCCCGCUGCAGAAAAGCAGUGUGUGUUCGAGGUCUUACUUUAUGGUCGUCAUGGUCUUUUUCCACGUCUACAUCAUUAAUGUCAUAGCUCUCUUGUUCUACGUCCACUACAACAACGGCUCAUCGAGAAAAGAGUUCUCCAGUAGUAGUGCUACGCAACAUAAACACAACGGUUUUGAUCGACCUGAAUCUCAUGACAAACUCUCGCGUUCCAUGCACCUUCCUCGCAUCGAGGGAAUCCGGGUGGGGCAUGUGCAGAAGCUUUCUCUUGUACCCAAUAAAGUACUUGAGAUGAGGACGCUCAGCUUGAAGCCUCUGUUGUUUGAGGUCCCUGGUUUCCUGUCGGAUGAGGAGUGUCGCAUGGUCAUCCAGCUGGCCAGGCUGAAGGGUCUGAUGGAGAGUCAGAUCAUGGUCCCAGAGGGGCAAGAGGAUCUGGCUGAGCAGCUCAACCUCAGCCCAGAGGAGAUCUUCAACCUGCUGGACCUCAACCAAGACAACCAGUUACAGCCGCAGGAGAUUCUGACACAUUCCCGUGUUCGAGAUGGGAUCUGGUUGACUCCAGAGAACCUGCGGGAGAUUUACACGGGUUUGCAUGCAGACGCAGAUGGAAACGGUCUUCUGAGCCUAGAGGAGUUCCGUGUGCUAAGUGGCGAUGCGUUCCAGCGCUUUCUGAAGAGACGUGGCCUGAAACGCAGUCAGAUGGUGAGAAACAGCAGGCACACCUGGCUCUACCAGGGACAAGGCGCCCACCAGGUGCUCCAGGAGCUCAGGAAGAGGGUGACCCUCCUGACCCGUCUGCCCUCAGAGCUGGUGGAGCUGAGCGAGCCGCUGCAGGUGGUGCGCUAUGAGCAGGGCGGCCAUUACCACGGGCAUCACGACAGCGGGCCUGUGUACCCAGAGACCAUCUGCACACACACGCGACUGGCUGCUAACUCCUCCUCACCCUUCGAGACCUCCUGCAGGUACAUCACAGUGCUCUUCUACCUGAACUCAGUAGAGGGCGGUGGAGAAACAACAUUUCCUGUAGCCGACAACAGGACCUAUGAAGAACUGUCGCUGAUCCAAAAUGAUGUGGAUCUCUUGGACACAAGGAAGAACUGUGACAAGGGAAAUCUUAGAGUGAAACCUACCAAAGGCACAGCAGUCUUCUGGUACAACUACCUGUCUGAUGGAAGAGGCUGGGUUGGUGAGCAGGAUGAGUACUCUCUGCAUGGGGGCUGUGUGGUGACUAGUGGCACAAAGUGGGUUGCCAACAACUGGAUCAACGUGGACCCAGACUACCACAGGCAGACCCGCUACCAGGAACUAGUGUCCCAGCAGAAGGGACAGGGGGCCCCUGAAGAGCCCUCAGACGCCAGCUCCCCCCAGCACAUGGACUCCCAUGUUGAGUUAUAACUCACAGACCAAAAGUACACCUGACACACCUACGCACGUGCACACACAUACACACACACACACACACACACACACAUACACACACUCUCUCUUACCUGCUUACUUGCUUACCUUGUACACACAAAUUCAAUGGUCUGAAAAAAAACUUUAUCCAGCCAACCCUGUCAUAUCUAUGCUAAAUAUGCACAUUUUUUUAUAGCUAAUUUAUUUAAAUGAUCUAAUAGAGUUGAUGUUCAGCACAGAAGCAGGGCAAUUUAACAGGGUGAAUAUGGUAAUGGAGUACGCAGGUCCAGAUGAUCAUUAAGAUAUAUACUCAGACAGGAUGCUGGUAUCACCCUGGUGUGAUAUGUCUCAAUCAUCAACUGGCUUUGUUACCCUCUAAUAAUAGAUCUUCUGGUGACAAAUCAAUGUUUUCGCAAAGGAUGUUCAUGAUGAACAUCUUCCAUGUUUUAACACUGACUGACUGACUAGCUUCUGCUGUAGUCCAUGAGAACUCAGUAACUAGUUGUGUGAUUGUUACUUGUGGCAGUGGUCUGGAGUUCAGUGGUUUGCUGUUUAGAUUUUUUUCACAGAACCGUGCGAGUGUAGCGAUACUAGGCAGUUUGUAACAUCCCUCUUUGCCUCCUGCCUCUCCCUGCACCCAUAACAAAAGCAUGACCCUGGUGACAUAGCUAUUACAGAUCUAACUUCAUUUGUGUGCAACAACUUAGCAAAAAAAAAACCCUGCCUGUUGUGUAUGCAGAUUUAGGACCAGUUGCUGAAUUUUCCCUUGUGUUUGAAUGCUAGACAACGUGUUUGUUUGAAACAAGUAUUUUUCCAACUGAAACACUUUAGAUGUUUUUAAGGCUUUUGUUGUGGACUACUGAGUUUGUAAAUGCCUUGUCCAUCCCCUGACGGGCUUUCUGUUUCUAUGGAACAUAUGAGAUGAAUUCAGGGACGAUUUUGGGCAGCAAUUUAUUGAUGUCAAAGAGAAUUGGUUUUGCUUCACGUGAACCUAUAUUCAUGCUUGAUUGAUCUUGUUUCUUGAUACUUUUAUACACUGAAAAGCUGUACCCAUGCGCGUUUUGCACUUAUUCUGGAAUUUAUUCUAGAUGUAUUGAAAGUUGUUUGGGAUUUGGGGGGGUUGUAGAGACUAACAGGGAGGCUACAGCAGGCAAGUAACUGAAGAGUUCCAUUCGUGUAGCAUCUGCUGCGACAAUUAACCUGCACUAUAAUCAACUGGCUACACCAGACGAGAUAACGGUGCAUAUGUUAAAAAAAAAAAAGUUAGAGCAAUCUUCUAAAACUAUUUUUACGCUAUGUGAACGGAGCACUUUGGUUACAGACCCGGUGUAGCCUGGGCCUAAUUCUUUGACCUCCGUGUUAAGCAGCCGUAUAUGUCUAGUUUUUAAAGGGAUACCUUUUGCAAAAUAUGCAGUUCUCCUACAGCAGUGGUAUUCAAACAGGCAGAGCCUCCCAUUAAAGUACACUAGUUGUAGGAUUCUUUGCAUCUGGACUUGGUAAAACAUGGACACGCAACAACAGUUGGUGCAUGACAUCCCCAUAGUUCAUGUUUUCCUCAUAAAUGUCCUCACAUUUCAUUUGUAUGAAAAACGUUGUGUUAAACCCACUGCACCCUCUGCUCUCCUUACGCACCAUUGUUGGACUAUCAUGGCCUUAGACUAAACAAAGCAUGUGAGAAAUGUUAUUUGCACCUUCUAUGUCUUUGAUGCUGUUCUUCAGGUUUUAAUUAACUUUUUUCCUUCCACAUGUAUACAGUCAAUUUGAUUCAGUGUAUGUCAAGGUUAUUUGUAAUGAACAACUGUGUGUAUUGCACUGAAUCACUUUUAUUCUUUCAAAAUAGCACCACAAAGAAAAGUGAUCACUCCCUGCAUCUCCAACCUCUCAGGUUUCUUCUUGUUCCAUUAAAAGCCAUUUUAAAAUAAACUAAAUUAACUCUAAACUAUAUAUGAUUUCGGAUUUAUUGAUAAUAGUAGCACAACAAAUCAUGUCUUACAAGUUUUAGAAUUGACCAUGUUGUUCUAAAACUUCAGGUAGAUUUUUAUCAGAGGUUCUAACAACCAUUCCAUAGGAAGGGUGUAAACAGCCUCAGUGGUAAGAUAUCAGCCCUGUCAACAGCUCUUGAUGAAUUUAAUAAUUACAUAAUUUACACAACAACAAUUUCGGUAAUCAAAAAAUGUACUACAUGAUUUUCUACUAACUGGUAAUUACUUAUUUCUAAUGGCAAAUAUAUUUCAAAGAUCAUCUACAGUAUAGUUUCAGACCUCAUGUUACCCAUCAGAUACUGUAUAUCAGUAGCUAUUUGUGUCAUUAUGUACACAUGAAAAA